AUGCAAGUUUUAAGACUAAAUGAAAAAAUCGCCUAUACCAUACCGCAGAAUAAGGUGUGGGAAGAAUUCUGCAUUACAAUUGGAGUCGAAGGUGGAUUAGGAGUAUUGGUAAACGCCUUAGCAGCAGGACUUUUAGCAGGAGAAUCUACUACUCAAUUAGCUGAUGCUGUUACACAGGCUAAAUCUGCUCUCAGUGUAGUUAAUGGUGUGGCCAGUGUUGCAAGAUAUACACCUUUCGAAGAAAUAGAACUGCAAGUGUUACUUCAACAAGUUAGCCAGGAGAAGCAGUCUAUUUGCACCACUACGGAAGAAAUAUCAACUACGACAAUUACAGAGGAACCGAACACUUCUAUAAAUGUUGAGGAACCUCCAAAACCGUCCAAUUCUAGACGGCAAAAAGAAACACUUCCUUUACUUAACGACAAAAGUAGAAUUUAUAGAGCUAAGCCGAAUAGGCAUCCAGAGUCCAAGGCUCUACUUCAAAUUAAAUCUAAUAUUCCCUCGCAUCUACUUGAACACAUCAAACAUCACCUACGUAGACUUCAUGCAUUUUUGUAG